GAGUUGGGCAACUCACCGUCGUGCCAUUCAAUAGCCACACCGAAAAUCUCAUAGCAACACUUCCAAACAAGAGAAGGAUGGUCGACACUACUCGUCCUCUACAACAAAUGCUGGAUCAAGCGAAUUCCCUCAGGGAUUCCAUAGCUCUCCCACACAAGCUCAAGCCCCAUUCGGACGGCAUCAUCCUCGCCACGCACACGAAAUGCGGCAACACCUCGCUCAAGGCCCUAAAGUUUGCCAUCGUAAACAGGUCACACUACAGCUUAACCGACCACCCACUUCUCGUGCGCCGCCCGCAUGAGGUUGUGCCUUUCGUCCAACUAUGGCCGGGUGGCCUCGACGGUGCCGAGGAGCUACCCUCCCCACGGCUGCUCUCCACCUACCUGCAGCUCUCCCUGCUCCCACAGGCAGUUUCCACCCUCGGCUGCCGGAUCGUGUGCGUUUGCCGGGACCCCAAAGAUGCCUUUGUCUCGAGGUGGCACUUUGAGAAGAGGGUGAACCAAGGUGCUAUGUCACUAGAUAUGGCUCUCAAGCAUUCGCCAUACUUUGUGAGGGGUGCUCCCCCUUACGGGCCUUUCUGGGAGCGCUAUCUUGAGUACUGGAAAGAAAGCUUGGCCAGGCUACAAGAAGUUAUGUUUCUGAGGUACGAGGACGUUGGGUCAGACACACUCAACGUUAUUAGGAAGCUAGCAAGCUUCCUUGGCUUCCCAUUCACCCAAGAGGAGGAAAACGGUGGAGUCGUGGAGCAAAUUGCGGAUUUAUGUGGCUUCACAUCACUUAGCAACAUCGACGCCAAUCGGGCGGGUCGUGUUGAGCAUUCAGGAGGCGAGCUUGUCAUUGACCCCUCUUCACUGUUUAGGAAAGGGAAGGUUGGGGAUUGGGUGAACCACAUGAGCAAGGAGAUGGGAGAUAAAAUGGACCAGAUUGUGUCCGACAAGUUCCAAGGAUCAUGACUCAUGUUCUAGCAUGUGCGUGAUGUAGGGUGUGUUUGAUUCGGGAGUGAAGUGUAAUGGAAUGUCAUGGUUCCGUUCCACGGAAAUGGAAUGGUUCCAUCUCUGUGUUUGGUAUGAACAAUGAGGUGGAAUGUAAUGGUUCCAUUUCCAUGUUCGAUUGAUGUAGUGGAAUGGAAUGAAAAAUGUUUAAAUUGG